AUGGAGAUCCAAGGUUUGGCAUUCUUGCCUAUCUUCUUGUCCAUAUGGAUGCUAUUAGGUCUCUGUUCCACGACCACCAUUACUGUCAUCUUAGGCCAUUCAAAAUAUCCAUACAUCAGUAACACAGGAGAAAAGUUCCCCGAAUCGGUGGUCUUCACAGUCGUCUUCAUGGUUAUAUCCAUUGUAGGAGCUGGCAUCGCUUCCAUCAAAUACAGGUUCAUGAUCAUUCAUUCUGAGCCAUCAGAGAAGCGACAUAUCAUCGGCCAGAGAAUCCUCUAUGCCAUGGGAUGGCUGGCAUGUAUUGGGACAGCCUUGACCGGCGCAUUUUCGAUGAAGACCAAUCCCCUCGUCCACAGGAUCAGCUCAGGAGUGGCAUUUUUCACUUUUGCCAUAUACAACCUGUGUCAAUCUAUAUGCCUGUACAAGAGAUCCCUAAGCAGUCGUUGCAUGUGCCACAUUAGACUGGCAUCAACCUUGGUGACCAUUGUGGCACUGCUAAUCUUUGCUGUAGGUUUGGGCAGCUUCUUCCUUCUAUGUACCACUGAUAGCUGUAAAGAGAUCUUCUCUAUAACAGGCCUGGUGGGUGAGUGGACGGGAUUCUUUGGCUUGACAGUUUACCCUGUCAUGAAUUAUACAGAUUUCCAGUGUUUGUCAUUAGAGUUGUCCCGAGAAGGCAUCUCCAUCGUUCUGAGGAAAAAGACCCAGGACCCUGAAAACCCCCAAUAAAAUCUAAGGUUAAGAACCAGGGGCGGAGUGCCAGGAAGACAACUAAAACCAUCUGGACAUUGCUGGAUUUAAUACCGAACAUGGCAUUUACCGGACUUUCCGCAGUUAGAUAUAUAUUUUAUCUGCUGCAUCAAGAGACAGAUUCCAGGCUUGGUCUCUGUUCUCACCACUGGACAUGGCAUUUACCGGACUUUCCGCAGUCAGAUAUAUAUUUUAUCUGCUGCAUCAAGAGAAAGAUUCCAGGCUUGGUCUCUGUUCUCACCACUGGACAUGGCAAU